UGCCUAACAGGUGAUCGGAUUAAAUGAUUUUGGCUGAAAGACAGCAGGAAUAACAGUAAUCCGUCCAGCUGCUGUUCUGUGCUGCGUGAGUCCUGGUGGAAGGGGAGGGAGAGUGUCUCGGUAUGCCGUGGUAGUGAUACACGGAAGUGUGCGUGUCGUGUGGUGUUUAAAUGACAGGAGGAUAGGUACACCUGAUUACUGCUGUUCCUGCAAUAUGGCACCCAAAGACCCUCUUCUCGGGACUCUCAAAGUGUGUCUGCUGAACCUGCAGUCAGAUGGAGACACGGUGACGGACAGCAGCCCUCACCUCGCCUCCUGCUGCGAGCUGCUGGAGCUCAUCCUCAGGAAGGGACUGCAGCAGCCGGUUCUCAGUCUGAUACACAGAGACUACUGGCAGUGUUUUGAGCAGAUUCCCCAUCAAGACACCUGUGGCAGGCUGUCUGCUCUGUCUUUGGCCCUCGAGCAGACCAGGGUUUGCAGGAAGCUGCUCACGGCUCAGGGCCGAGGCCGCUACCUGCUCAGACUGGCCCUCAGCCGCAAGGCCCUGCCACAGUUCAUCGCGCACCUUCUGCACACACCCAGAAUCCUCGAGUGGUACAGCCCAGCCGUCUCCAUCCUCAGGAAUGAGGAAUUUUUGGAGCCUUUCAUGUCACUGCUGCUGGUUCUCUCUCAGAUGGAGUUCAAGCUGGACAUGCAGAACUGCAGUUUUCUGGACGAGAGCUGGCUCUUACCAGUAUGUGAGACAUAUGAAGCAGUGCCCUGUCGGGAGAUCGGGAUGGUGCUAAGGUAUCUCAGUGGGCGAGUCUUCGUCCUAGACCUCCUGCCUGGCAGUCAGGCUCAGGUCGACAAGUUUAUCCGUCCUGGUGAUGUCAUCGAUGAGAUCAACGGAAUCUCCCUGAGGAAUUCCAAGAAUGGACAGGCGGGCAUGGUCCUGUCCCGGCUGAAGGGCCGUCCUCUGUCCAUGCGGGUCCUUCGAUGGAGGGACCGUGACGGAGGCGUGUAUCGGCCCCUGAUCAAGCUCCUGCGGGCCCUGAGGGUGGAGAACCCCACGCUGCAGCUCGGCCCUGCGUCUUCACAGCAGUCAGCGGACGAGGAACAGCGGCCCACUCCGUCUCAGUGUCUCAAAGACGGAAGGAUUGUGUACAUUGUGCAGUUCUUGGGAAAGGCAAACAUUGGAAUGUUUGGAGGCAAGGAGGUGUUGCAGCAUGCAAUCCCACAAGUCUUGCAGAAAAACCAGCCUAGCAAGGAAGUACUCUUUGACAUGAAAGAAACACAUUUAACAUGCACAGAGAAAAACACUAAGCUGGAGCUCUUCCAGCAUCACUACCCAGAAAUCUCAUGUGUAGGGAGGUAUGGGCAACCAGACUACACAAUAUUUGCUUUCUGUGUAGCAGACUCCCCAGAAACGCCUCAGUCCACAGGCUUCUGUUGUGUAGCACUGAGAGCCAGUACAGUAAAAGAGUGCGAGGAGAUAGUCUGCCGUAUUGCCACCGGUUUCAAGCAUACUGAGUGGUUUGUAUGACAAAUCACUUCACACUACCUUCCUGUUGUACUUGAUGUGAUUGUGAUUAACUGUACAGUAUGUAUAUAAAGAUGAAUAUCAACACCA